AUGGCGGACGACGCGUACUACCGCCAGGUGGUGGCGCAGAUGCAGGGCGAGUUCCAGCGCGCGCUGCAGGCGCUGGAGAAGCAGGCCGAGGACGCGGCGCGGCGCGAGCAGGCGCUGGCGCAGGAGCUGGCGGCGCUCAAGCGCCUGCUGCAGCAGGAGCAGGACUACUGGGCGCGCCACGACCAGGCGGGCAAGGAGGACCGCGACCGCCUCACGCAGCAGCUCGCGCAGGCCCAGGCCGACGCGCUGCAGCGCCGCGAGCAGAACCGCGCGCUGCGCAACGAGAUGCGCGCGCUGCAGAGCCGCGUGGACACGGCCGUGGCCACCAGCCACAGCUUCGAGCAGCGCCUGCUGGUCGUGGUGCAGGAGAAGCAGCAGAGCGCGCAGGAGAUGGAGGCGCAGCUGGUCCACUACAAGAAGAAGCUGCACGAGAAGCGCGCGCAGAACAAGUACCUGACGCAGGCGCUCGUGAGGCUGCAGGAGCAGCGGCAGAAGUCCUCGGACAGCAGCAGCAGCGGCUACGGCAGCCCCGUGACGACCCCCGUGGAGGUGCCGGCGCCGGCACAGCAGCGACGUGUGCGCAAGAGGGAGAUGGGACUGACGCUGCCUGAGGAGAUUAAGGCGGCGGCGGCGAACGUGACGACGUCGAGCAGAAUGUACAAGAGUAAGCGGAUGGGGUCGUCUCGAGCGGGCACGUCCCCAACGUCGUCGUCGCCGGAGAUUUCUCCGCGGUCGGCGAGGUCAGCUCCGUACAAGCGCGCGCCAUCGGUGGCGACUACGACGCCUACGGCGUCGGAUGGGAACAGUUUUAACAGCAACAGCAGCAGUGGAAGUCUGCGGAGUAUGCGCAGUCUGCGCCACGUGACAGGACGACGGAUAACCAGCAGGAACAGCAGUGACAGCGACAACAUUGACGUUAGCCCCAGGACAAGUGCAGGUCACCUCCGAGCAAGCCCGACUGGACGAUUGGAGCGUGAACUGAGUGGCUUGCGACGAAAACUGGACUCAUGCAUGGCAGAUGCAGCGGCCCGGUGGUAG